AUGGCGAGUGCAAAUCUGUACUGCUGCAAACUGCAAUCGCAGGAACUGGCACUGACGAACUAUGGUUUCAUCAACUCGAGUUUGUAUAACAGUCUGAAGAGGAGUUCGAAAAGCAGCGAAUUAUACGCAGAAGUAGGGAACACAGUUUUGAUACUAAAGGGGGAUGGAAAUAUCGGGAAGGACGAAAUAGCGUUGAAUACGUGCCAAAGGGAAUUCUCAAGAAUCCAAUUGAAGGAAGUCGUUCAGUUGAAUGUUCUCGAUAAGGAAAGCAAAAGAGACCUCAUCCAUUUCAUCCCUAUUGAUAGCAUCGAUGUGGAGGUUACCCUAUUUGUGAAGCCUGAUCGGUUGAUCGAAAUGGAGGACGAUGUUUUGGAAGGCGUUUUUAAAAAGUACUUUAUCAACCAUGUACUGACGAAAGGGCAAAUACUAGCCCUGAAAUGUAACGACAUUUUGAUGAAGUGCGUUAUAAAGGAUUUGAAGGCGGCGCAGUUUGAGGAGAUGAAGAGGCUAAACAGGGGCACCCCUACCAGCGGAAGCAGUGCGAGUUCGUUUUUCAAGUUGGGGAAUAGCACCCCUAUGGGUAGUACCAGUAUGUAUACACAAACUGGCACACACGAUAGGGGCAUUCUGUUCGAAAACACCGAAUGUAUAUUCACCAGCAUGAGUGAUGGCAAAUUAUUUAUUGAAUCUAAGAAGGUGUUAAAAAAGAAUAUCAUAAAGAGUAACUUCAAUUUUGAGGAGUUAGGGAUAGGAGCACUUGACGAAGAAUUUAAGACCAUAUUUAGACGAACCUUUGCUAGUAGGAUUUACCCCAAUUAUAUAAUUAAGCAGCUGGGGAUUAAGCAUGUGAAGGGACUCAUUCUGUAUGGUCCCCCCGGGACAGGCAAAACUUUAAUAGCUAGACAGAUAGGAAAAACGCUGAAUGCUAGGGAGCCAAAAAUUAUUAAUGGUCCCGAAAUAUUAAAUAAAUAUGUAGGACAGUCUGAGGAAAAUAUUAGGAACCUAUUUAAGGAUGCAGAAUUGGAAUAUAAGCAGAGUGGUGAAAAUUCACAACUACACAUUAUCAUUUUAGAUGAGAUUGAUGCUAUUUGUCGACGGAGAGGUAGUGCUGCUUCGAGUGGUACUGGUGUAAACGACAGUAUAGUGAAUCAGCUACUCUCCAAAAUAGAUGGGGUAAACAGUUUGAAUAAUAUUCUGCUGAUCGGGAUGACCAACAGAAUUGAUUUAAUAGAUGAUGCUCUGUUGAGACCAGGGAGGUUUGAACUGCACAUAGAAAUUUCCCUCCCGAAUAAAGAGGGGAGGAUCCAAAUUUUGAAUAUUCACACGAAGAGCAUGAGAAAGAGCAAUAAGCUUAGUGCAGAUGUAGACAUCGUGGAGUUGGCUGAAAAGACGCCCAACUUUUCUGGUGCAGAAAUUGAAGGGCUAGUAAGAAACACCGUAUCGUAUGCUUUUGAAAGACACAUAAAUUUUAACGACCUAACGAAGCCAAUCAAUGCAGAUGAUAUAAUGAUAACGAAGAAGGAUUUUGACAAGGCAUUGAAAGAGACCAAGCCAGCCUUUGGGGCGGAAGAAGACGUCAUUGACGGGUUAUUAUCCAAUGGUAUUAUCAAUUAUGGGGAACAGUAUGAAAAUAUUGAGAACACAUGCAAGUUGCUAAUUAAGCAGAUUGUAGAAAACGCAAACACAAAUUUGUUAAGUGUCCUCUUAUAUGGAGAAAAUGGGACAGGAAAAACUACCAUCGCAGCGUACCUUGCUAAGAGUGCUAAUUUUCAUUUCACAAAAUUUAUCACCCCGGAAAAUUUAAUUGGUUAUUCCGAAAUUAGUAGGAUAAAUUAUAUAAAUAAGAUUUUCGAAGACGCGUAUAAAACUCCUCUUUCGUUAGUCAUUUUGGAUAACAUAGAGAGGCUUAUCGAUUAUACGCGAAUUGGGCCUAGAUUUAGCAACCCCGUUUUGCAAGCAAUAAUGGUUUUAAUUAAGAAGAAACCCAAAAAGGAAAACCAGAAAAUUCUAAUCAUAUGCACCACGUCGGAAUAUCAAUUUAUGAAGGACGUCGGGUUGGUUAAAAACUUUUUUGUGAAUAUAGAAGUGCCCUUGUUACAUUCUUCCACCGCGGUAAGGAACGUUUUGCAGAACCGGAAUGAGAAUUGCCACGAUUUUCCUGCAGGAGAAAUAGAGCAAGUGCUUUCGGCGAAUGUGAUCAAAAGUAUCUCCAUUAAGAACUUGCUGAUGGUUAUCGACAUGGCGUCCGAAGCGUCCACCGAUGGGAACAUCACAAGUGAGGUCUUCCUGAAAACGUUUAACGAUUGCGGGAUUGGUUUUGAUGAGGAGGCGUACUAUUGA